UCAAUCGGUUGGAGAUGCCAUGCCUGUCAAAUCCGGAAAUCGAGAUUAUGCUCUAUUGCCGGGCAAUGUUCCUAUUCCUGCUUAGCCUUGCUUGUGGAUCGCGGAGCCACAUAAUCAUGGUAGGCGACACGGAUCCUGAUAUGGCUCGAUUGUAUGAGCCAGUAAGCGAAAAGAAGCAGACUGCAAGUGGAGGAUCCGAAGAUUGUGAAACAGGUUUUGGCGGGCAAAAUUCUUGUGGCCUUAGCAUAAACAAUGCCAAGAGCAAGGCUUCCAGCAUUGCACUUAAGGCCGCACAGGACGCCAAGGCGGCCAAUGACGCCCAGCUGGCCGCCGGAGAGGCAGCCUCACUCCAAGUGAAACAGGAUCUGGCCGAGAAGGCGGUCCAAGCUGCUCGAGCCGCGGAGGCAGCUCUUGCCGGCAAACAGCAGAUCAUGGAGCAACUGGAGCUGGAGGAAAAGGAGGCGGUGGCCGUUGUGGGCGAGGUUAAGAGCUCACUCCGCAGCACACAGGUGAACGCAGAAUCUGCCAUGUUAGCGUUUUCCCAAGCCAAGAAGCAGAUGGAUCGACUGAAAGUCCUUUUGACUGAGGCCACCGCUCAAAUGAGCAACAUUGAAACUUUCGCUAAUGGUGCCCAGUUGGAGCUGGAUGAGAAGGGUCAGCUGUUGGAGGCGGCCAAUCGGAGAGUGGAGGGCAUCUCCAGGCAAGUGGGCGCUGCCAGGCAGGAUUACGAAAAGACCAAGCAGGCUGCCUACAAGGCGGCUUGUGCGGCAGUGGAGGCCAAGAAAAAGGCUCAAAUGAUGCAAACGUAGAUCAGCUCUGCAUCCUCUUCAAGUUAGAAACGAUCAUUAUUAGGCAUUAUCAGAAGAUCAUUAUUGGAA